AUGAAGCGCAAUGAAGUUGCAGACAGUUAUAUUGCUGAAUAUGCGACUAGUGCUUGUGCUGCAUUCCUGAGCAGUAUCCCUGGUGGCAAGGUCCUAGAUAGCAAAUGGCUACGCUUUGCUGUCAAGAAUAUCAUCGAUACCAGUGGUCAGCCAAGUGUUUUGAAUUUUCGGUGGAAGAAGCUUUCCAACAGUGGCGUGACUCUUACACAGGAACUCUGUUUGGAUGCAUACAAUAUGCUGGGGGCUGCUGUCUGUGACCAAAGCCGUGGGAAAUCGGCAAAAGGUGCGACAAUCAAAUUGGCAGGUAGUCAGGGUUUCGAAAUUGGAAUUGAUCCAGAUGAGAUGAAAAACUUUAAGGACAAGGAUAAGAAGUAUAUCAAUAUUGGGAAAUUUAUUGACGCCGUGGUUGGCUAA